UUGGCACUUCCGCGGUCUGUUUCGGACAUUCUCGGUCCUCUCGCUUUCUACGAGUAUCUAACGCGGUAGGAUUCUCUCUCUCUCUCUCUCUCUCUCUCUCUCUCUCUCUUGUUAUUCGGUAAGAUUUACGGGAGAUGAGGUGACUUUCGGUAUCGAACGGAAAGAACACGGUGUGUAUUGUGUGGUGGCGCGCGCGCGUGUUUUGAGAGAGGAAGAAAGAGAGAGAAAACGUCUCCGGAACGUGUGCAUCUUCGAAAGUAGCUCGGAUACAGUUCGAGGUGUGCGAAAGUUAUUUCGACGCGAGUGCGCCAUUUGACACUGACUGCACCGCGGGAAGCGCUAAAAUUGGAUAUCUCUACCGCGCCGAGUUCGCACAGCUGACCGCGGGGUCGAACCGGACGAUGCGCCUCGUCGUGAGAUUACCCUGCAAGCGAUAACGACGAAGGGGUGCUGGAGAUGGCGGCCACCGAGAGCACGAUCCGAUUUAGUGGCCACACGUUGGACAAGGCGACCAAGGCCAAGGUAACGCUGGAGAACUACUACAGCAAUCUGAUAGCACAGCACAUCGAGCGGAAGCAGAGGCUGGCGAAGCUCGAGGAGUCCCUCAAGGAUGAGGGCCUCUCGGAACAGCAGAAGCAGGAGAAGAGGCAACAGCAUGCUCAGAAGGAGACCGAAUUCCUCCGGCUGAAGCGGUCCAGGCUUGGCGUCGAGGAUUUCGAACCUCUCAAGGUCAUCGGCAGGGGAGCAUUUGGCGAGGUAAGACUCGUACAGAAGAAGGAUACUGGACAUGUGUAUGCGAUGAAGAUCCUUCGGAAGGCAGACAUGCUCGAGAAGGAGCAAGUUGCGCACGUCAGAGCGGAGAGGGACGUCCUCGUGGAAGCAGACCAUCAGUGGGUCGUGAAGAUGUACUACAGUUUCCAAGAUCCUAUAAAUCUUUAUCUAAUAAUGGAGUUUCUUCCUGGUGGUGACAUGAUGACGUUGCUCAUGAAGAAGGACACGCUUUCCGAGGAGUGCACACAAUUUUAUAUUUCCGAAACGGCGUUAGCGAUCGACUCCAUACACAAAUUAGGUUUUAUUCAUAGAGACAUCAAACCAGACAACCUGUUGCUGGAUGCACGGGGCCACAUAAAACUUUCUGAUUUUGGACUGUGCACGGGUUUGAAGAAAUCACAUAGAACUGAUUUUUACCGAGACUUGAGUCAAGCGAAACCUUCCGAUUUCAUGACAUCAUGCGGGAGUGGAAGCGGUGGCGCGAUGGAUAGCAAAAGGAGAGCUGAGAGCUGGAAAAGAAACAGGAGAGCGCUGGCUUACAGCACGGUAGGCACUCCAGACUAUAUCGCGCCGGAAGUAUUUCUGCAAACAGGUUAUGGACCGGCUUGCGACUGUUGGUCCCUGGGAGUUAUUAUGUACGAGAUGCUUAUAGGAUAUCCACCAUUCUGCAGUGAAAAUCCACAGGAGACGUAUAGAAAAGUAAUGAACUGGCGAGAAACGUUAGUAUUUCCACCGGAAGUUCCCAUUAGUGAAGAAGCUAAAGAUACCAUUAUCAGAUUUUGCUGCGAAGCCGAUAGAAGAUUAGGAGCUCAAAGAGGCAUCGAGGAGCUCAAAUUAGCGCCUUUCUUCCGCGGUGUCGAUUGGGAGCACAUCAGGGAAAGACCAGCUGCUAUACCGGUCGAAGUGCGAUCCAUCGACGACACGUCGAACUUCGACGAGUUUCCAGACGUGAAAUUAGAGAUACCGUCCGCGCCAAUGCCACAGGAUGGCGAGGUAAUAUACAAGGACUGGGUAUUCAUUAAUUACACCUUCAAGCGCUUCGAGGGUCUGACACAACGGGGCACACCGACCAAGAAAUAG